CUUGCCAUUAGGUUUGCAGUGCUACACGAAUAACUUCGCGAACUGAAGAACCCACGGAGAAAUUUGUAAUCCAAAUCCAUCUGGUAAUUUCUGAAGGAUUACAUUUGCAUCCCAUUGAUUGAUUUUUCGGGAAAAUUGUUGCAUUCUUCUAGCAGUUUAUUGAAAGCAGGUUCCACGAUGCAUUACCGCAAUCAAGUCAUCCACGGCAAUCACUUCCACAAGAAGUGGCAGAACCAUGUCAAGACCUGGUUCGACCAAGCCGCUAAAAAGCAGCGCCGUGCCAGCCGUCGUUUGAAGAAAGCCAGGGAGAUUGCCCCGCGACCACUCGGUCUUCUGCGCCCCGUGGUGCGCUGUCCCUCCAUCAGGUACAACAAGAAAGUUCGUGCCGGACGUGGGUUUUCCAUCGAGGAAUUGAAGGCUGCUGGUAUUAACAAGAAAGUCGCAAGAACUAUUGGCAUCGCCGUGGAUCAUCGGCGCCGUAAUAAAUCUGUUGAAAGCCUCCAACUUAAUGCCCAGCGCCUUAAGGAAUACAAAUCUAAACUCAUCUUAUUCCCGCGCAAGAAGGGAGCUGCUAAGAAGGAAGGGGAAGCUACCGAAGAAGAGCAAGGCAAGGCAGUUCAGAUUCCGCGUGCCAGUGUGAUGCCAGUCCGUCAGCAGCAUUCGCGGGAGAAAGCACGAAAUGUCAGUGACAAGGAUAAGGGCUUCGAUGCAUACCAGUUUGUCAGACAAGCCCGAGGCAUCGCAAGAUCCGUUGGCCGCAAGGAGAAGAAGGCUAAGGAGCGUGAGCAGGAAGUUGCGGCCCCCGUCAAACCCGCCAAGGAAAAGGAGCCCAAGAAGAAGAAGGGUGGCGAAGAAUAAACUUGCUGUGGUCAUUUGGUGUUAGUUUUAUGUUGCAUAAUAGUUACGUUAAUUAUUGUACGAGUAUCGAAUAAAACCAUCAAAAGCGUGA